AUGAAUUAAUAAUUACAAGGAAUCCCAGAAAACAUUGAUUAGAAACUUGAAUUUUUUAAUGAACGUAAACAAUAAGAACUUCAUAAAAAAGCUAGAAUUCUUAGAUUCUCACAUUUGAAAAGCAAAGGAUAUACUUUUGGUUUAGGGAGAUAUGUAACUUUAUAUAUAUUAUACAUUCUAGCCUUUAGAGAAAUAAUUAGAAACACCUGGGCCUGGUCAUUAUUCUACUUAAUAACCAGAAGCAAUCAGUUAUAGUAUGGGUGUUAGAUUCAAUCAAAAAGGUUAUUUAUCAUUAAUUUUAAUAGUUCAUAAAUUUGAGGCCCCACCUUUGGGUACUUAUGAAAUUAAAGGAUUAGAUAAAUAUGGUUAUUAUACUAAUUCCAAAUUUAAAAAUGCUUGUGCAACUCUUUUUAGUCCUUUGAAAAACAGUAAUGCUAAAUAAGUACUGUGAAUUCAUUAAAAAGUCAAUUAUUACCCCUGGUCCUGGUGAUUAUGAAUUACCAGGAAGUAUUAAUUCAAAAGGGAAGUAUUACAUUUCUAAUUUUAAAACAAAUUAAGGCUGGGCUCUUGGUAAGAAAUCGCUUUCUUAAAGAAAACCUUAUUAUUGAAC